AUGAGUGAGCAAUCGCCACGUUUUGGAAACGGUAGAACGACAUGGAGCAGUACCUAUCAGCGCCUGUUCCGAUCCAUGUAUCCUGGCGAAACUUGGCACGAAGUCGAAAAACAAUCGACUUCCGUACGAAAUCCAAUAGAUGGCCAAUUGAAUGGUGUUUCCACUGAAUCUCGUGAAGCCCAACCUCACGGAGUUGGAAGACAAGAUUCUUCACCAAGAACGGAAGCACAAACCUCGAAACGGGUUUCGAUCAACGAGGAUGAGGCACGAAGCCAACUCAGUAAGCGACAAAACGAUCAAUAUUUCUCGGAUUCAUGGACCCACGAUGAUGUGGACAAUGCAAUUUUUGACGACGACGUCUGUGCAUAUGUGCGUGACGUUGUGGAACGGGAAUUUCCACAUGGAGGAAUAAAAUUGGCAGUGAUUGACCAGAGCAGGCAGCCUAUCGAGACUGUGUUCAAUAAAACCAUAAGUCUCACUAGAAAUGAUAAGAUUGUUUACGUACAUCUUCGUAAUCACAUAAGGACUUCUAUUCGUCAACGUCAAAACGAUCGUGCUUUCAUCAACUCGUAUGAAGAGGUGGUCUCGCCGACGUCCUUUUCAAUAGCCAGAACUGAGUUCCCACGGAGACGGUCGAUAGCGAGCGAGAACAAUGACGAUGAGUUAACGCAUACAAAUGCCUCAUCAUGGUCGGGACCACACAAAACCCUUCCAGUGCCGACCUCGGUUACUUCGUCGAACCAGGCGAAUAAUCUAAACAGAUAUUAUGUUCCUCAGAACAUCGACGAUGAUGUCGAAACAUGUGGUGUACAUUUACUUAGUUCGGAUGACUGUCGCGCUUCUUGGAAUGAAGAGGCGAUUCUAAGAAGGAAAGCUGAGCAAGGCGAACUACUAAACCGUGGUGAAUUGCUCUACCUGAAGAAACUUCACUGUGCACGAGUGGUAGAAGACGAAAAUGAAUUGUUAUCGCUAUUAUGUCAACCUUUGGACGAAGGCGAACUGAAUAUCCAACAUCUACGUAGACGUCUAGAUGCCAGUUACAAAGCAUAUGAAAGCUCCGUCGAGAACCGGAAUCCGAAUCACAAAGGAAAGUUCGCCGCGCUCGACGUCAUCUUGGCGCAUUAG